AUGGCGCGCGAUGCCGUCAAGCAGAUUGUCCUGACGCUCCGGCGGGUCGAGUCCUACCCCGAAAUGUUCCAGCUCGUGAACGGUCCUGAGGAUGUCAAGCCCAUAUAUAAAAGUGGGAAGAUCGCCCGCUCUAUCGGUGUCGAGGGGCAAGUCUUCGCGAGGCAAGUGCUGCAGCAGACGAGCGCCCCAGUCAUGUUCUCUCACUCGAACGUCCUGGCCGUCUUCUACUGCGAGCGCAAUGUGCCCGACUCGAUCCUCGACAUGAUGGCAUCCAACGGCGGCAUCCUGAUGGUGACCUUCGCGCUCGACCACCUGUUCUACGCAGCGGGCCGCAUCGGCUGGGAUCGCGUCGGCCUUGGCUCUGAUUUUGAAGGCAUCGCCUCCGUCAUCCCGGGCCUCGAGGACGUCAGGUGCUGCCCGCACCUGCUGCAGGCCAUACUCGACCGCGGCGCCACGGAGGACCAGCUGGCCAUGGUUGCGGGCGGGAACCUCCUGCGCGUGUGGCGCGGUGUGGAGAUGACCAGGGACCUCGCGAGGGUCGAGGCCGUGCUGCCCGUCGAGGACGUCUGGGAAGACUGGACGUGGUGGCGAUACGAUGGGUACUACCAGAUGCCUGAUCCGGAUCCCGAGGACAGGCGGCUGGGCCUGGAUUGGUAUGGCCUGCCGCCGCCUUAG